AUCAUGAGUAUGUCAUCAAAAAAGGUCUUAUAGCUCUGCUGCUGCUCGGCAUUCCUGGUGGAAUCUGCUUCUGCUGCAGAAAGAGAAUCUGCAAAAGGUGCCGGUCCACUAAAUCAGACACAAACACAGGGCAGCCCAACACCGUACCAGUGUCUAUACCUUGCAGCAACACUAUGUCUGAUCCUGUAGGUCCUGGAGACACUGGCCAGGGCUACAUCGCUGGUUAUCCGCCUCAUCCAGAUCAAGGUCAGAUUCACUAUCCUUAUCCACCAGAGUCGAGCGGACAACCUGCUGUUCCUCCCAACCCUGGCUUUUAUCCUGAGUAUCAAAACCCUGUCUACCCUCCUGCCUUUGGACCUGGACUUCCCCCUGCUCAGCCGCCCCAGUGGAAUGCCCCUCCAACCCACUACAACCCAUCUGCACCUGUGAACUAUACGCCAGUAAUGAGCAGUGCUCCUCCUGGGCCUGAACCCAGCGUGUUGAAUAUGAAUGAAUUGCCGCCAAGUGCACCACUGCUCACACCUCACCCUGAG